CAGACAUACACGAUGGGUUUGAAGGCAAUAAAGCAAUACUUUCAUAAACAUGCCGGCUCAAAGGGAAAGAGCCAUAACGAGAAUAUGCGGAGAGGGAGUCUGAGCAAAGGCAUGUGUGAUGUUCCUAAACAAUUGCACCUAUCUGAUGUAUACCAGUCACGCACCGAGCCGAACUCGACAGAAUCAAUAGGCUUUUCUAUAGGCUUACAGUCAAAUGAUUCAGUUCUCAACAAUUCACGACCCAAGGACUUCCAGAGAGGGCCCACAGAUCAGAAAAUUGAAAAUGCUACAAGUUUUAGAGUUAUCAGUAUAUAUGUAUCACAAGGGGUUGGGGAAUCAGCAGCCUACCCGACCAUCGCCCAUGAGAAUUCGGCCGGUCAUUCACCUGUCGCACGUGUCGAUACAGGCUCGUAUCCUGAAUAUAUUUCACAAAAGAAUCUGUCAAGCCCACAACACUCGUCAGCCAGUGUGAGAUCGGCGAGCCGUUCGCCUAUUGUACCUACCCAAUCAGGACGGUAUCCAAGGAAUCGCACAACUGUAUCUUCUCACCCGCUCUCUCGUAGUCGUAGUAAUUCAUUGAUGAGCCAGUCGUCGUUUAUAGAGGCCAGCAGCGCGCCCGUGUUAGCUCGUGAAACAGCAGUGCUACGUCAUUUGUCGGAAGCUACCCCACGUCGCUCAGCAUCCUUGUUUUCGGCGAUGAAUGGUGCAUUAACCUCCCAGGAGAGCAUAAUUUUACCACAACAGCAACACAAUGGAGAUAGAAACCGGUUCGCUCAUUUAUUUCCGGAGAACAGCCCGAGAGUUCCGAUGGAUGGCACCCACACUAGCAACUACAGAGUGUCGCAUCCUUCUCAGUGCCGCACCCAGGGGUCAACCACCUCUCUCGUUACCCAGCAAUUGGUUCUCUCCACCAUACCUUCGGCGUCGCGUGAUCGGGGCUUGGAUAUCAGUUUGCCACCAUCACCCCUACAGUCGCCCAUGUACAUUAAUGGAGCCCCAAUCGAUACACCUUCAUUAGCCAAAGGUCAAAAACCCAAAAAGGUAAUGAAGUCCAUAGCGGAAAAGAAACCAUCAUCAUUUCGGGAGAGACUGGGAGGUCGGUAUCGCGUGCAGUUUGAAGAAACUCCAAUUGAGUACCAAACAUUUGACAGUUCAGUGUACGACCGAAAGCCGCCAGUGACGUCCCCAAAGAAAGAUUCGAUGAUGCGAAUAUAUCGCGAGCUUAUGACAUUCAAACUCACGGAAAUGCUGGUGCACCCGGAUUCGCUUGAAAACACGAACAAACACCUAUCGCAACUGAAUACGGAAGAUCGAGCUAAGUUGGUCGGAGAAAUUGAGCAGAUUUGCAUGAGAUUUAUCCGAUAA